AACAACAGCAACAACAACAACACCAACAACACCACCAUCAACAACAGCAACAACAACACCACCUACAACAUCAACAGCACCACCUCCAACAACAACACCAACAACAACUCAAACAACACCAUCAACAGCAACAACAACACCACCACCAACAACAACAACUCCAACAACAACUCCAACAACAACAGCGACAACAACAACACCAUCGACAACAACAGCACCAACAACAACACCAAUAACACCACCGUCAACAACAACACCAACAACAACACCAUCAACAACAACAACGACAACAACACCAUCAACAACAACUAUAGCACC